CAAUUUUGUUAUCACUUCACAGAAAAUCUGCAAUUUUAUUUAACAGAUGUUAGCCUUUUUUCACUAAUAGAUUAAUUGGAAUUUCUCCGUAUGUCGUUCUGACAGACUUUGUCUGUACAGAGGUUAAUGUUCCCUUGUAUCUUACAGCGGAAUCUUUUCCCCUUAUUUUGAGUGGUCGUUGAUCGUUGUGCGAUUUUUUUUGACCGAGUUAUCGAUGUUGAGGCUUAUUUAAUAACAGAAUGUUUUGUUGUUUAAAAACCAUCUUAAGAUUAAUUAUAAAAAUGAGAUAUUUUUUUUUAUUUUGAAGAUUUGACUUUAUCACAAUUUUGACAUACUCGAAGAAGUAGCAGGCUUAGAAUUUGACAGCUUUAUUCGGCAAGAAAUUGUUCUCUGGUGGUCCAGCUGUCAACAUUCUACGAUUGGCUAAGAAGCUGAAACAAAAAAUUAAUUCAAGAAAAGAAUCGGUUCAUCUACAAAAAGCAGAGAAGACAUAAUUAUCUAGAAUACAUAAUUUCUUAUAAAGAUAUUAACUACUUAUCUGAUAUAUAUUUAAUUACUAACCUGUAAAAAUUGAAAUUGAAAUGUCUAGAGAAUUUUGUUGGUAUCAACAUUUUCCCCGAGCCAUUUAUUUAAAAGGCCCAGAUGGCGUAUCGCGUUCGCGGAUUACUUAAAAGGCGGCCGUGUUGUCUCUCAGUUUUCUCUCUGUACAUACACUUAGAAAAAAAAGAGAAACAUUUGUCAACACGGGUGACAUUAUACGUAUACGUAUUAGCAAUAAUAGAAAUCAACACAGUAUUGUAUGAACGGUUAGCGAAGUCAGAGUUGCUUUCAAAGUUUUAUAAUCUGAUAUAGUUAUAUAAGGAUAGAUGUAAGCAAAUUAUUUGGCACAGACAAUAAUAGCAUAAUAUGACAAUCAGGUUUUACUGUUUAGAGAGAGAACUGUUUAAAUCUGCGGAUUAUUGUAAAUACAAUUUUUUAAUGUAAUUAAUAAGAGAUUCUAAAAGAGGAAGAAUGUUGAACCCAGAGUCGCACGAUAGUGCUAAAAAAGCCGUGGAGGCACAGGUGAUCGCCGCGAUGCAAAAGCAAGGGUACACUUUGAACGCCGUGAAUAAUUUUGAUGAGAAUUUGCUGCACAUAAGCGCGGCGAACGGUUGCCUUGAGAUCGUAAGGGAAAUUUUGGACUGGAAAGAAAACCGCCGUAUCGUCGAUAGGAAGAAUAAAUUUGGCUGGACUCCACUGAUGCAGGCAAUUCGCAAUGGAAAUAUUGACACAGUGAAAUUGCUCUUAGAGAGAAACGCCGACGUUGAUCAAGUGACUUAUCUUGGUAUGUCGGCCCUUGGAUUAGCUGCCGCAAUCAGUAAAGAGAUGUUUGAAACGGUAUACAACGCCUGUCCGAAUGCACUGGCGAACACAGUAAAUGAUGACAUUACUCCGCUAUGCGUGGCUGCCAUGAAGAAUGACAAGGAGCUGUUCCUAAGACUAUUGGAAUUGGGCAUGCCAUCCUCGACUGCCAAUGAGUACACUCGCAUUAUGAUGAAACGUUCUGAGGUACCAGAAAUAACUAGUUUGGCAAACGAAGAACUGGUCACGGAUUAUUGGAAUGAUACAUCAGAUAACAUCAAAAUUAUCGGCGAACAGGACGAAGUAAUCAGCAACACGACGGAGGAUCAUUCUACUUUAAAUAAUGAUGAAAGUAAAAAAGAAAAAUUGAAGUUGAAUUUGUUAUCCGUAGUCGCGGAAUUCGAUAAGCAAACCAGAUUGUCGCCAAACUUAACAUACGACAUGUUCGCGUUUCCGAAAACUUCUGAUUUCAAGAACGGCAGUCUUACACUGAAAUCGAACGUUUCUCAGGAUAAAGAUAUAAACGAAAAGACACCAGAAAAUAAUUUGGAAAAACGUUCUGUGGUGGACAAGGAUCAAUCUGAUUUAUCUACAGUUGUACUUCAACGAUCAACACGACCUAAGGAUCUCGAUAUGAAGAAUCUCUUGAACAAUUUUAAUGCUACUCUCGGAUUUACGCCUGAAUUCAGUCCUGUCAAAUCGCCUAACGUACCCUCGGAUAUUAACGAGGAGAACGUGUUUGGUGAAAAUACCCCGACGCCGCCGCGUUGCAAAACACCACCGAAGGGAAUGCUUCUAAAUUGGCUGCAGACGAAAAUGAUCAUGAUAUUGAAACGCUUUGGACUGAGCAAACACAUCCCUGUAUUUCUUGAACAGGAAGUGGACUUUGACCUAUUUUUAACGCUUACGGAUAGAGAUUUGAUAGAGAUCGGUAUUGAGCACGAGAAAGACAGACGCGAUUUACUGGAGGCGAUAAAAGAAUGCAUAAACCAUAAAACAUAUUAAUAUUUAGGAAUUUUUAUUUAUGGAUUGAUACAAGUAUUUUAUUUAUGGAUUGAUACAAUUUGUUGCUGUUUGAAUCGGAAAUUUGAUUAUGUUUUUCUGUUUAUAGUCUAAAAGUUUAAUAAUUUACGAGACACAUACAAUGAAAUUAAUUUUUAACUUAUAACUGAAUUUUUGUAUGUAAUUAUUUUGAUCUAAUUUUUAAUGUUGAUUCUCUAUACUGUUAAAGGAAUAUUUUCUUGUUAUACGAAUUAUUAUACAAUAUCAUAUAUGUUUUAGAUAUAAAGAAUAAUAAUUGUUAUUGGACAGCAAACGCAGGAACAUUUUCUUAAAUAUUC